GCCGAAGGUUGCCUAUGCCUGGUUUUGGCCAUACUGAGCUAGGUGUAGUUUCUUUGGGCAUUGUGUAGGAUCAUUGAGUCGCAUGGAGCCCUUGCAACUUGCCUCAUGGUAGAUUUUAAAAAAUGUGGUAGAUUAAAAAAAAAGUUUCCUUGGGUGUGUGGAUCUGAAAUGCAGACCCACCCUGCCCCUGGAAAGAAAAGUCACAGGUGGCCUUCUUGAUAAGGAGAGGGUCUCUUUUAACUUUUUGAAUGCUGUGAGAUCAUACCUCUUGCUGUGGAUUAAUUUCAUAGAAUCAUAGGCGCAGUUAACUGUUGAAGCUUUCUCUGCUCAUAGUUGUGAAGAAUAUUCUUAUGUUAUGAAUGGCCCUACAGCUCUGAUUCUAUAUCAACAGGGCAAUGGCAGUUGCAAUGGAGAGUUCUUAUCUAGGAAGGGAGGGGCAAGGAAACUCUAGACCUGUAGGGCUUAAUGACUGUGCUACUCCACGUAAAGGCAUGAAUUUAAAGGAUGGGGGGUAACCUUCCACUUGCCACUGUAUCACUCCUUCCCAAGGCAGGAACGUCAUGUCUUGAGCUACUAGUCUCCUGGGUGGACUGGCCCCAGUUCCAUCCUGUAGCUACUGGUCCUAGCAAGCUGAGAGCAGGAACCUGGCAAGACAUCAAGUUGGUUUGUUGCUAUGGCAUCUUAAUGAUGGGCCCUGGCUGUCUCCUUAAUCUCUGACAGCCUUGCAAAAUGUUCCCUCUAAUGACUCGCCCUGAAAGGUGUACAGCUGGCCCAGGGGCCCAUGUUUACCACAAGUCAUUGGCGGCUCAUUUGCUACCUGGCAAGGGUGUCAUGCAGUCCUUACCUUAGGCCGAGGAAGCAGCUUUAGAUUGGCUCUCAGAUCAUUUCCUAAAUGAAUCACAGAAGGGAGUCGAGCAGAAUGCCUUUCCUCCAUGGCUUCCGACGGAUCAUCUUUGAGUACCAGCCAUUAGUUGACGAGAUCUUGGAAUGUAUGGAUCCUCUGGUGCAGGACUUGAUGGUCAGCCCCAGCGCUGUGGUAGAAGACGACAGGCGGAUUGCGGCCCUUAACAACCUGCUGGAGAGGAACGCCAACUCCGUUUACUACCAAGAGGGUGUGAGCUAUUCAUUGCUGAAGAUGGCGGAGUAUGGGGUAGUCCAAGCCGCAGAAGCCCUCCUGCGUGGUGGGGCGGACAUCACCUUUGAAGAUCCAAUCACUUAUUAUACAUCUUUGCACAUCGCCGUGAUGCGGAACAAGCCGGACAUGGUAGAGCUGUUGGUGCAGGAAGGUGCAGACAUCAACCGGAGAGACAGGGUUCAUGAAAGCAGCCCCCUAGAUCUGGCUAGCGAAGAGCCAGAACGCCUCCCUUGCCUAAAGCGACUUUUGGAACUUGGAGCCGAUGUCAAUGCAGUUGAUAAACAUGGAAAGACCGCUCUGCUGCAUGCUCUAGCCAGCAGUGAUGGGGUUCAGAUCCACAAUACGGAAAACAUUCGCCUUUUGUUGGAAGGAGGAGCCAAUGUGAAGGCCACAACAAAAGAUGGUGACAGCGUCUUCUCCUACAUCAUCUUCCUCCUUGGAGAGACAGUGGGAGGUGACGAAGAGGAGGUCCGGACCAUCAAGAGCUUCUGCUUCCAGGUCACUCAGCUGCUGAUGACCCAUGGGGCCAACCCUAGUGCGUGCCCAACCUAUGAGUCCCUCACCCACCUGUGCCUGAAGAAUUUCCGGCUCCACUUUCCCCUCCUGCGCUUCCUCCUGGAGUUUGGGGCGUCAUACAACUGCACCCUCCAUGGGCCCUCCUGUUGGUCGGGCUUCAGUAUUAUCUUCGAGCAGCUUUGCUCCCACUUGAGCGGGUCAGAGGACGACGCCUUCUCCGUCGACCUCUUUCAGAAGGCCGAGACGGUGCUGGAGCUCAUGGCCUCAAGCUCCCAGACCAUCAAGCUGCCCAUCAACUUUGAGAUCAACCUCAGCCAACUCAGUGGGUUCCAUAGGAAGAGGAUCUCAGACCUCUUCACCAGCGUGAAGCAGCUGGAACACUCCCCUCCUACCUUGAAGCAGAUGUGCCGGGUUUCCCUGCGGCAGCAUCUCAGACCCUGGCCCAUCGAUGAAAAAGUCAAGGCCCUCCCGCUUCCCAACUUGUUGAAAAAAUAUCUCCUUAUAGACCCGAGCAGCUCUGCGGAGGCGACUUCAAGGGUGGACCAAGAAGACUGAUCUGCCAAGGGGGUGUUUCCAGCCUGAGGCCUUCAAGCCACACACACCAGUCAAUUGUGGACACGGGUGUUGGUCACGCACAGGAUGACAUUUGCGGGAUUGCCGCACAGGGUGUUACUGCACCAUACUCAUUCACACACGUGGACUGGCCUUUUGCCUUGCAAUGGACGAAUGCAUAACACUUGGACGUUUCCAAAUCUGCAGCUCAACUGCUGAUUGUUCUGAAGGAGGGACAAGUCCAUUUUCUGGACCUGAGUCAUGACUAAACUGAAUUCUGCUCAGUGUCUUCAGAAGGUUGGAGGCCUUCAUUUAUCUGGAACAAUAUUACCUCGUGACUUUUCUAAACAGCUGUUCUGAGCAACCUGGCUUCUAACAGGGAGCAAAGCGUCCAUUCCUCUGGGUCAUUAAACAUGUGUUCUGCACCAGCAAAA